UACCUAACUAAAUUGACAAAAGGUCCAAUCUUAAUUAAUUUUCCUCUUUCGUCUUCCUCUAACCUUUUCUUUUUUCUUUUUCUUUUUUCUCUCUCCUCAAUUUUUUUUUUGCUUCCGUUGGAGUAGUAGGGCAUUUCUGCCCGGCGAUUUUCCGUCGUACGAUUCUCCACGGAACUCUGCUACCUCCGCCGCCUCACUUAUCCUCUUUCUCUUUAUUAUUAUCAGGUGAGAAAAACCGAGUGAUUUGAGGAUUUGAUUAUUGCUACUAGCUGAUUAUUUUGAGAUCGUGAAAGGGAGGAAAUUGAUUGAGCUGAUUUGUAUUGUGUUAAUUUUGCGGUGAUUAAGGGGGGAAUUAUUUUUGAUGCUUUUGUUGGGGUUAGGGAUCUGUCGGAUUUCAGGUCGAUGGCCAAUCCGGGUGUAGGCAACAGAUUUGCAUCCGUGAAUCUGAAUAAAUCAUAUGGACAGUCCUUGCAUUCUAAUCAAUCAAACAGUAGUAAUUAUGGAUUGGGUCGGGGAAACCGGUCCAGUGGUGCUGGAGGAGGAGGAGGUGGGGGUGGGAUGGUGGUCCUUUCUCGGCCAAGGAGUUCGCACAAAGUUGGGACGAAGCUUUCUGUUCCACCCCCCUUGAAUUUGCCUUCUUUGAGGAGGGAACAUGAGAAGUUUGAUUCAUUGGGUUCUGGUAGUGGGACUGCUGGUGGAGGUGCUGCUGGUAGUGGGGCGAGACCUUCCUCAUCAGGCAUGGGCUGGUCCAAGCCAAGUGCAAUUGUUGGAACUGAGAGGGAGGGUGUUGGUGAUCGGCCAUUGUCUAGUGAGGGUGUCAAUCAUGGGGUUCAAAGUGUUGACGGGGUUAACAGAGGUGGGGUUAGUACUGCUUAUAUGCCACCAUCAGCUAGAACUGAUGUUUCUGUGACUAUGAUGAGUGCUGUGGAAAAAGCAAAUGUUUUGAAAGGUGAAGAUUUCCCUUCUCUGAAAGCUACUUUGAGUGCUGCAAAUGUGCCAUCUCAGAAACUGAAGGAUUCAGCUCAUCAGAAACACAGGCAGGGGAUGAGUGAACAGCCCACAGGAGAACAGAGGGAGAGUUUGAACUUGAAUUCCCAUGUUGACAUGCGUCCCCAGGUACAGUCUUCCCAUCACUCUGCUGGUAAUGGUCUUGGUGUUAAUAAUAGAGAGGAUCGUAGUUCAGCCAAUUUCCGCUCUCAAGAAAAAGGCCGAAAGCAGGAUGACUAUUUUCCUGGACCUCUUCCACUGGUCCGGCUGAGUCCGAGGUCUGAUUGGGCAGAUGAUGAGCGUGAUACUAGUCAUGGAUUGACUGAGAGGAGCAGAGACCUUGGUUUCGCAAGAACUGAAGCUUACUGGGAUAGGGAUUUUGAUUUGCCUCGGAGCAGCUUGCCACCACAUAAACCAGCUCAGAAUCUUUUUGAUAGAAGGGGUCAGCGCGACAAUGAUGUUGGCAAGGGUUUGCCGAACGAAGUCUCUAAUGCCGAUUCCUUUAACAAAAAUUCUCGGGUACCAAGCCGAGAGGGCCAUGAAGGGCAAUCAUGGAGAACCCCUGUUUCCAGAGAUAGGUUUGGUUCCCAAGAAGUCAUAAAUGACAGAAACAAUUUUGGUGCAAGGCCUGCCAGUGUGAAUCGUGAAGCAAAUAAAGAUAAUAAAUACUUCCCACCCCAACAAGGAGGCAACAUCCGGGAUGAAUAUAAUGUUGGACAAACUGCUAAUAGGGAUUAUGUUGCUGGCAGGAGGGAUCAUGGUAGACAGCAGUGGAAUAGCUCGUCGGAUCUAAAUAAUGGUAGAAAGCCAGAGAGGGACACCCGAGACUCUUAUGCCAAUAAUUCUAAUCGAUAUAAAUCUGAGGUUCAAAGUAACAUGGGAUUGAGAUCCUCAUUUUCUUCUGGUAAUAAGGGGUUGUCUGGCAGUGAUCACAUACAGAAUUUUGUUAGGGACAAGCGUUCCACUUCCAGAAAUGAAAAACCUUAUGUCGAAGACCCUUUCUCUGGAUUUGAUGAACAAGAUCCUUUUCCUGGUGUUCUUGGGGCGGUAAAGAGGAAGAAGGAUGCAAAUAAACCACUCAACUUUCAUGAUCCUGUUCGGGAAUCCUUUGAGGCUGAACUUGAGAGGGUUCAACAGAUUCAAGAACAAGAGCGGCAGCGUAUCAUCGAAGAGCAAGAGAGAGCUCUGGAAAUGGCUCGCAGAGAAGAAGAGGAAAGACAGAGGGUUGCUAGGGAACAGGAAGAACACCAGAGACGAUUGGUAGAGGAAGCACGUGAAGCUGCUUGGAGGUCAGAGCAAGAAAGAUUAGAAUCUAUACGGAGGGCAGAAGAGCAGAGGAUUGCUAGAGAAGAUGAGAAACAAAGAAUGAUGAUGGAGGAGGAUAGAAGAAAGCAAGCUGCCAAGCAAAAACUUCUGGAACUAGAAGAAAGGAUUGCAAGGAGACAGGCUGAAACGGCAAAGGUCAAUAGUUCUGCUGCUGUUCCAGAUGAAAUGAUGCCUGUGGUUGCCAAAGAUAGAGAUGUCCGGGCUGAUGAUUUUUCUUGCUGGGAAGAUGGAGAAAGGAUGGUGGAGAGGAUCACAAAUUCAGCAUCUUCUGAUUCCAGUCUUAGUAGACCUUUUGACAUGGGGUCCCGGGCUGUAGCAGCUAGAGAAUCUUCUUUUGCUUUUACAGAUAGAGGAAAACCCUUUAAUUCUUGGAGACGGGAUAUGUUUGAGAAUGGGAACAGCUCGUCUUUCUUUUCUGCAGAUCCCGAGAACGGUCAUCAGAGUCCUAGACGGGAUGUCUCUGUGGGAGGAAAGUCAUUUCCUCGGAAAGACUUGUAUGGAGGGCAAGGCUACAUGCCUACCAGGGGUUACUACCGAGGGGGGAUUCCAGAACCUCUCAUGGACGAUUUUCCUCAUCCAAGGGGUCAAAGGUGGAACAUUUCUGGGGAUGGUGAUCCGUAUGGCAGGAACAUGGACUUAGAAGCUGACUUCCCUGAUAAUGUUGCUGAUAGAUUUGAUCUGGGGUGGGGACAGGGCAGGGGUCGUGGAAAUUCUCCCUUUCCAGACCGUUUUUAUCAGAAUUCUGAUCUGGAUGACCUUUGUAAUUAUGGCAGGUCAAGAUAUCCUGCUAGACAACCCCGGGUCUUGCCCCCUCCAUCAUUACCUUCUGUACAUCGGACUUCCUUCAGAGGAGAAAGUGAACAUCCUGAGUCCUCAGCAUAUGAAGAUGGAAACAUUCAAUUGAAUCAGGCAUCGCGAAGUGAGUCUGCUGGAGUAAGCUAUCAGGAUGCUCAUAAAGAGCAUUCAGAAAUAUUGGAUGUCGCGGAGCAGAGCUCUAUAAAUGGGGAGCAAGAACUGAAUCGAAGUACUACACCUGGGCGUGACUCGCAAUCUUCACUUUCUGUUUCAAGUCCCCCUAGUUCUCCUACUCAUCUGUCUCAUGAUGAUUUGGAUGAAUCCAGGGAAUCUUUGGCAGUGCACUGUAGGGCAGAAAGCCAAGAUAUUACCCUUUCUGAGAAUGAGGAUUUACUCUCAAAAGCUAAAAUGGUCAAAGGUAAUACUAUUGCUAGUGCGAGUUCAGUAUCAGUAGGUGAUGAUGAAGAAUGGACAAUAGAUAACAAUGAGGAGUUACCAGAGCAAGAAGAGUAUGAUGAAGAUGUAGGGUACCAUGAAGAAGAUGUACAUGAAGGAGAUGAUGAGAAUGUUGAACUGAACCAUGAGUUUGAAGAUAUGCAUCUGGAAGGGAAAGACUCUCCUCAUACGGACAACAUGGUUCUUGGCUUUGACCAGGGUGUGGAAGUUGGAAUACCAAAUGAGGAUUAUGAUAAAAGUCCGAAGAUUGAUGAAAGUUUGUAUAGAGGAGCUCAAGUGGCUGUCAGCAUCCUGGAACAAAAAGAAUCCGUUGAUGGUUCAUGUGUUAUAGUUCAAGAGUCUGAGAAAAAUCUUGAGCCAACUAAUGUAUCUAUGUCAUUAGAUUCUUUGAAUACAGGGGUUUCUACCUCUGGUACUGUUUUGAGUGCUCAGCAGUCGGUAUCAUCUCCUGUCAUGACAAACUCACUGUCAUCUAAUCAGACCUUGCCAGGUGUAGCUGCUACCAAGGGCCCUGCUGACUUGCCUGUUAAGCUUCAGUUUGGGUUGUUUUCUGGACCUUCUUUGAUUCCCUCUCCUGUUCCAGCUAUUCAAAUUGGUUCUAUUCAGAUGCCUCUCCAACUUCAUCCGCAAAUGGGUCCUUCCUUAACUCAUAUGCAUGCUCCACAGCCUCCCCUCUUUCAAUUUGGUCAGCUCAGGUAUCCACCUCCCAUGUCUCAGGGAAUCUUACCUUUAGCACCUCAAUCGAUGUCUUUUGUUCAGCCUAAUUUUACACCAAGUUAUACUACAAGUCAAGUACCUGGAGGUCCACCUGCUGCCAAGCCUGUUCAAGAUUCAUCACACAGUUCUGUUAAAAGCCAUCAAGUUCAGCUUCCAUAUCUGUUGAAUGCACAUCAGGGUAGUGAUUUCAAAGAGCUUGUUACACCGGGUUCAGGAACUAAUGUUUCGUUGUGUCAGAAUCAAGAAAACAGCUCCAGCAUGGGCCAGAUUAGGCCUGACUUGGGUCAACAAGCUGACAAUUUGGGGCAUCCUUGUAAUUUAGGAAGAAACCCGAAGCCUUUGUUGAAUAAUAGAGCAUCAGAAAGUCGAUUUGGGCCUUCAUCAUCUCAUUCUGCUGUUAAUGUAAAAGACUCUAGUGGGCCAUCAGCCCAGGGCCAAUUCUCGGGCGGCAGAGGGAGGAGAUUUGCGUUCACAGCUAGACAUCCUGGACCUAGGUCUUCUUCUUCUGCAAACGAGGCAUCUCGAUCAGAUAUCAAUGGAUUUCAGAGGAAGCCACGGCGUGGUCCACAGCGAUUUGAGUUCCGUGUACGCCAGCCUGCUGAGGGAAAGCAAUCUUCUGUAUUGCCUUCUAGUUUCGCUGGACCGGAUGACAAAUUGAAUUCUGAUGGAAAGAGUACUGAGACACAGCCGAAAAGUGGGUUUAAGAAAGAACUACGGUCUGAUAAACCAAAGCAAACCGUUGAUUCAGAGAUUUCAGGCUCAGAUCAGAUUCACGUGUCUGGUUCUGGGAUUGAAGAAGACAAGGCAGCAUUAAAAGAAGCAGCUGCAACCAGUGGGCUAGACACUUCACAUCGUGCUGAAGGAAGCUUGAAAAGAAACAUUGGUUCAGAAGAUGACGUUGAUGCUCCCCUGCAAAGUGGUAUCGUGCGUGUAUUUAAGCAACCUGGUAUCGAAGCCCCUAGUGAUGAAGAUGACUUUAUUGAGGUCAGGUCAAAGAGGCAAAUGCUGAAUGAUCGGCGUGAACAGAGAGAAAAGGAUUUUAAGGCAAAAUCUAACAACAUGAAAAAGGCUCAGCAAAAAUCUCGGCCUGCAGCCCAAGGUACUGCCACAACUAGAAGCACAAGCAGAGCAACUGCACCAUUAAAUGCACAAGCAACAAAGAGUGUUCGCUCCGCUAUCGCGCCAAAAAGAGGCUUGCUAAACAAUGAUGUGUCUGCAACAUUGAAUAAUGUAGGAUCCCAGCCAUUGGCUCCAAUUGGCACUCCUCCUAUAGGUUCUGAUUGUCAAAUUGAAGGCAAAUCCCAAACUGUGAAGCCACCAAAAACAAAUUCCUAUGCAAACAAUGGGCAAACUAUCGGAUCUGAUGCUCCUGACGUGACUUUUGAUUCUCAAGGAAAGGCUGUUGAUGGAGUUCAGUCACCUAUUGGCUCCUGGGGUAGUCCAAGCAUUACUCAGCCGGUUAUGGCCUUGACACAGACCCAACUCGAGGAGGCUAUGAAACCUGCUCAUUUCGAUACACACGUCAUAUCUAUUGGAGAUUGUGGUAGCUCAGUCAAUGACACAGGCUUGUCAUCAUCAUCUGUCCUUGCAAAAGAUAACACAUUUUCUUCAGUAACUAGUCCUAUUAAUUCUCUCCUUGCUGGGGAGAAGAUACAAUUUGGUGCAGUCACAUCUCCAACGAUUCUUCCUCCAAGUACACGUGUUUCACAUAACGUUAGGCCUCCUGCUUCUCUCCCGAUGAAUGUUCAAAGGCCCCAAAGUAUGCCUGCAUCGCAAAAUAAUUGUGAUGUUCUUUUUGAGAAAGAGAAACGUCCUAAUGAGUUGUGCUUACCGUUAGAGGAUUGUGAGGCUGAAGCUGAAGCAGCAGCUUCAGCUGUUGCUGUUGCUGCUAUUGGCAAUGAUGAAGUUGUUGGGAAUGGGAUUGGUAGCUGUUCAACUACCAUAUCAGAUCCCAAAAGUUUUGGUGGUGCUGAUAUGAACAGGAUCACGACAGAUUUCAUAGGCAUGUCGGGUGAUCAGAAUGCAGUGAGUCAAUCGAAGGGUGACGAGACUUUGAGCGUUUCCCUCCCUGUAGAUCUGUCGGUAGAGACACCACCUAUCUCGAUAUGGCCACCUUUACCUAGUCCUCACAGUUCUUCUAGUCAUAUGCUUUCACCAUUUCCUGGAGGUCCAACUUCUCAUUUUCCAUAUUAUGAUAUGAAUCCUAUGAUGAGGGGUCCUGUCUUUGCCUUUGGCCCCCAUGAGGAAUCUGCUGCCCUGCAACCCCAACCACAGAAGAGCAGUGUAUCUAGUUCGGGGCCGUUGGGAACUUGGCAACAGUGCCACACGGGUGUGGAUUCAUUCUAUGGUCCUCCUGCAGGAUUCACAGCCCCUUUCAUAAGUCCUCCUGGAAGUAUCCCCGGGGUGCAAGGCCCUCCACAUAUGGUGGUUUAUAAUCAUUUUGCUCCUGUAGGGCAAUUUGGACAAGUUGGCUUGAGUUACAUGGGAACUACCUACAUCCCCUCUGGGAAACAGCCAGAUUGGAAGCAUAAUUCCUCACCUGCCUUGGUUGGCAGUGAGGGUGAAAUGAACAAUACAAAUUUGGUCCCUGUGCAGCGCAGCGCUCACAAUGUAUCAGCUCAGGCUCAACAUUUGGCUCCUGGGUCUCCACUGCUGUCAAUGGCAUCGCCUUUGGCCAUGUUCGAAGUGUCACCUUUUCAGUCCUCUUCACCUGAUGUCUCUGUGCAUCCUCGGUGGUCUCAUAUUCAAUCAUCACCCAUUCACACUAUUCCACAAUCUAUGGCAUUGCAACAGCAAGCUGAGGGUGCAAUGCCAUCUCAGUCAAGUCAUGCAUCUGCUGAUCAUCACUCUUUAAAUGCAAGCGGCUUCUCUAAGACCCAAACAUCGUCAUCACUUGAAGAUGGUCGAUCUUUUUCUAUGAGUACAAAUGCUGCUGCAACCCAAUUCCCUAAUGAACUUGGUUUGGUAAAUCCACCAGUUUCCAUUGGUUCUGAAGCUUUGGCUCUUCAUAUGGGGAGCAGUAGCCGGUCUGGGGAUUCUGUAAAGGUUGAUGCUUGUGCUGAAGGCUCUGGAAGCCAAAGGAACCCACAUGUUGCAGCUUCUGCCCCUAACAAAGCCCAAGCUCAAAUGUCUAAACAAAAGCAUCCAUCUGCACAACAGCAGUACAAUCAUUAUCAGAGAGGGGGGGGUCAGAAGAACAGCUCAGGGGCAGAGUGGUCCAACCGUAAAAUGGGGUUCCAUGGAAGGAACCACUCUUCAGGAGGAGAGAGGGGCUUCCCUCCUACCAAAGUAAAGCAGAUCUAUGUUGCCAAGCAAAAUAACACCAGCGCAACUGGAACUGGAACUGCUCAAUAAGCUGCAGUAAACAAGAGAACACACUAUAUCCAGCUGAACACCUCAAAGAUGGUUUGGGCUAAUCAUCGUAUUGAAGCAAAUUACGAAGUUGAAGAUCCCUCAUAUUAGGUGAUUUUAGAAGUACUUAGCUUUUUGUCCCGUUUGUAAGCCCUUUUAAUUUAACAAAGGGUUGUAAAAGUAAUGAUUUAGUUUAUAUGAGAGUGGAAGAAGUAAAUUAAGGGCAUUGGGCUUUGGAUUCGACAUUAUAGAGAAAAUAUUGUUUUGUAGGGAUUAAUGAGAGUUUUAUGUGUUAAUAUUGUCUCUAAUUAUUGUGACAAUAUAUGGAUAUCUUCUCACUCAUUUUUGGCUAGUGAAUUACUGAUAAAACUCUUUC